AUGACAAUAACUCAAGGGAUGCCGCAAGUAUCUGCAUAUUUAUUGUUCCCUAAAAACUUCAGUUUAAUGCCUGAAGUCAAUCGACAAAUAAUAAUGAACUAUGAUUUCAUUCAAAGAACUUUCAAAAAGUAUUUCGAGAGUGGAUAUAAACUCACAAAAAUACCAAGAUGUACUUCUAAAAGCAAAGAAACCGAUUCAGAUGAUUCUUCAAGCUCAGAUGAUCAAAAUUCAGAAUCCGAUACAACUACAACAGUUCAGAAACCUUUGGAUUUAGAAUCAGUAGUUGGUGUAUUUAUGAUUGGUGCAUUAGGUCUUGCUAUAAGUUUUAUUGUAUUUUUCUCCGAGAUUUAUUACUAUUGGCAUAUGAGAAUUGUGGAGAGACAUAUUCGAAUGAAAAAUCAUAUAAAUGUUCCCCAUUUGGUGAAAAUUGCACAGUUACAUUUACCAACCAAAGAAAAUUAUAACGAUAUUGAUGUUAUGAAAUUGAUAGAUGUUUUGCCAGAAAAACAGAAAUAA